UCGGAUCGCUGGCUUUGCUAACCUCCUGUUGAAGCCCUAGUCUUCCCCUCGUAUAGAGCUCGCAGAUUCACCACCGGACAGUAAAGUCAGAAUGUCCUCCACAGCUCUUCCCAAGCGCGUUGCGCUGCACCGCAACCCCACCACCGACUCCUCGGUGGCCAGCUCCAUCGCCCCUUCCCCGAUGGACAGCCCUCGCCAGUCUCCUUCGACCACCUCCCUGUCCUCGCUGGCCUCCGAGGCGGAGGCUCGCAGCAAGAUGCUGGACACCUAUGGCAAUGAAUUCAAGAUCCCUGAUUUCACCAUCAAGCAGCUCCGUGAUGCCAUCCCCGCCCACUGCUAUGAGCGCAAGGCCUUGACCAGUCUGUCCUAUGUCGCCCGCGACUUGUUCUGCCUGGCCACCGUCUUCUAUGUCUUCCACAACUAUGUGACCCCGGAGAACAUCCCCUCCACGCCCAUCCGUACCGCAUUGUGGGCCCUCUACACCGUCGUGCAGGGUCUGCUCGGAACCGGUGUCUGGGUCCUGGCUCACGAGUGUGGACAUCAGGCUUUCUCCGCGUCUAAGGUUCUGAACGACACCGUUGGGUGGGUCUUGCACUCUGCUCUCCUGGUGCCCUACUUCUCCUGGAAGAUCUCCCACGGAAAGCACCACAAGGCUACUGGCAACCUUGCCCGCGACAUGGUCUUCGUCCCCAAGACCCGCUCGGAGUUUGCUACUCGCGUCGGCCGGGCCGUCCACGAACUGAAUGAGCUGAUGGAGGAGACCCCCAUCCUGACUGCUCUCAACCUGGUUCUCCAGCAGCUGUUCGGAUGGCCCAUGUACCUCCUCACCAACGUCACCGGCCACAACAACCACGAGCGCCAGCCCGAGGGUCGCGGCAAGGGCAAGAAGAACGGCUACUUCGGUGGUGUCAACCACUUCAACCCUUCCAGCCCUCUGUACGAGGCCAAGGACGCCAAGCUCAUUUUCCUGAGUGACCUCGGUCUUGCCAUCACCGGAACCGUUCUGUACCUGGUUGGCUCCAAGUUUGGAUGGAUGAACCUUCUGGUUUGGUACGGCGUUCCCUACCUCUGGGUGAACCACUGGCUCGUUGCCAUCACCUACCUCCAGCACACUGAUCCCACUCUCCCCCACUACCAUCCUGAUGUCUGGAACUUCGUCCGUGGUGCUGGCGCCACCAUCGACCGUGACUUCGGCUUCGUUGGCCGUCACAUCUUCCACGGCAUCAUCGAGACCCACGUUCUCCACCACUAUGUCAGCACAAUCCCCUUCUACAACGCUGAUGAGGCUAGCGAGGCCAUCCAGAAGGUCAUGGGCAACCACUACCGUACCGAGGCCCACACCGGAUGGACUGGUUUCUUCAAGGCCCUCUGGACCAGCUCCCGUAUCUGCCAGUGGGUUGAGCCCACCGAGGGCGCUGAGGGCGAGAGUGCCGGUGUCAUGUUCUACCGUAACACCAACGGUAUCGGUGUCCCCCCCGCCAAGGUUGCCCAAUAGAUCUGUUCUCGGUCGAUACAUAGAACGCGCGUCGGUUUUUUCCCUCGACUCUCCUGAUUAAGGGGGUUGUGUCAUUUCUGUCUUGUUCAAAUUUUUUUCCGUGGUGCUCUCGCAGGAUCGAAUUGGCCACGACAUGAUCAGCACUCGUCAUAGAGCAUCUGCUGCGAGUUGAUCUAUCGGCAUUCGAGCGCUGAAGGCGUAUAUGGAGUGGAAGUGGGAGCAAGCGGGGUCGGGUUAAUUGUGAUUGUUGGAUUGUUGUAAAGAAAACACAAAAGCAAAACACCCAUUCU